AUGGCGAAUCUCCCUAAAUUUCCCAUUUUCUCUCUCCUCCUCCUCCUUCAGCUGUUUUUCGAAGCUUCUUCUUCUUUUACUCCCACCGAUCAUUACCUAAUCAACGCCGGCUCCGACGCCCCUUUAACCACCGACUCCGACAAUCGAAAGUUUUCCGGCGACGAUUCGUCACUUCCUCACUCGGUUCGACUCUCUGCAUCUCGGACGAUCCCACUUACUGAGUUAGACCAUGUCUCCCCUCUUUACAACUCGGUCAGAAUCUUCAGAAAACCUUCAAAAUAUGCGUUUCAGAUCAAAGAGAAAGGUGUCCAUUUGGUACGUCUUCAUUUUCACCGCUUUGAUUCAUCGAAAUUCGAUCUUUCUGAUGCUCAAUUUCAUGUUUUAGCUGAUGGGUAUUUGUUAUUGAAUGAAUUUAGUGGGUUGACCAUGAAAUCACUUGAAAUUAGAGAGUAUAUUUUGUGGGUUGAUAGUAAUAACCUUGAAAUUUUGUUCAAACCUUUGAAGAAAUCUAAAUUUGGUUUUGUCAAUGCAAUUGAAGUUAUUUCUGCGCCUAAAGAUUUGAUAUCGGACAUUGCCCAAUUUGUUGAUUCUAAUGGGGUGGUUAAAAUUGAUGGAAUUUCCAGAAAUGCUUUUGAAACUAUGUUUAGGGUUAAUGUUGGUGGUUCUAAAGUAACCCCUUUUAACGAUACUUUGUGGAGAACAUGGGUUACUGAUGAUGGGUUCUUAGAAUCAGACCAUGGGUCUAAAGAGGUUCAUUUUGGUGGUAGAAUUAAGUAUCAGUUGGGAGGAGCGAGCCGCGAGGUUGCCCCUGAUAAUGUGUAUAACAGCGCGAGGGCGAUUGGUGCUUCGAAUCCCGGUGUUGCUAAGGAGUAUUUGGCAUGGGGGUUUCCAAUUGUUGAUGGGUACAAGUAUCUUGUGAGGACUCAUUUUUGUGACAUUGCUAGUCCUGUGCUUGGAUCAUUGUAUUUCAAUGUGUAUGUUAAUGGGGAUAUGGCUAUCGAAAACUUGGAUCUAACGACGAUUACAAAUAGUUUGGCUUCUCCUUACUAUGCUGAUUUCGUUGUCAAUGGAGAAAACGGGGUUGUUUCUGUUAGUAUUGGGCAUUCGAAUUGGAGCUCUCCUUCUGGGGUUGAUGCAUUACUGAAUGGAAUAGAAGUCUUCAAAAUGAGCAACUCACUACAUAGCCUUGAUGGAAUGGUAUCUGCGAAUUCAAUCAUGAGAUGUAGGGGAGGAAAUAGUAGUUUUCUGGUGCUUCUUGUGGCUGCAGUAGGGCUGUUGGUUGCUGCAUCUGUGGUCUUGCGUAAAAGAUUCAUGGCUGUGCGUGAUUCUGUGGCAUGGUCUCCAUUGCCUGUGGAUGUUUCUGAAGUCAGUUUGAAGUCUACCUAUUUAUAA